UCCGCCUGCAGUUCCACGCUUUACCCUGAGCUCUGCAUCUCCUCCGUGGCCACCUCCGGCGGCGUCAAGCUGACGUCGCAAAAAGACGUCAUCGAGGCGUCGCUGAACCUAACGACAACCGCCGUGGAACACAAUUACUUCACGGAGACUUGCCUCGACGGCUUCUCUCAUGACGCCGCCGACAAGAAAGUCCGUAAGGCCUUGUUGAAGGGUCAGUGCCACCAUAAGAUUAUAGAUAGGAUACACGUAGAGCACAUGUGCAGCAACGCACUAGCAAUGAUCAAGAACAUGACUGAUACCGACAUAGCCAAUUUCGAGCUAAAAGCUAAAAGCACCUCAAACCACCGCAAGCUCAAGGAGGAGGAGACAACGGUGGCCGUAGAUAUCGCCGGCGCCGGAGAGCUAGACGCCGAGGGGUGGCCAACUUGGUUAUCUGCCGGAGAUAGGAGGCUUCUUCAAGGGUCUACCGUGAAAGCCGACGCCACAGUGGCGGCUGAUGGUAGUGGGACGUUCAAGACGGUAGCCGCUGCGGUUGCGGCGGCACCGGAGAAUAGUAAUAAGAGGUAUGUGAUACAUAUAAAAGCCGGAGUUUAUAGAGAGAAUGUGGAAGUGGCGAAGAAGAAAAAGAACAUAAUGUUUAUGGGAGAUGGUCGAACGAGAACUAUUAUCACCGCAAGUAGAAAUGUCGUCGACGGUAGCACCACUUUUCACUCCGCGACCGUUGCUGCUGUCGGUGAGAGAUUCCUAGCGCGUGACAUCACUUUCCAGAACACGGCGGGUCCGUCGAAGCACCAAGCGGUGGCUCUCCGUGUCGGUUCCGAUUUCUCCGCUUUCUACCAAUGCGACAUUUUCCCGACGUAUCUUGGUCGACCGUGGAAGGAGUAUUCGCAGACGGUGAUAAUGCAGUCGGAUAUCUCCGACGUGAUCCGACCCGAAGGGUGGUCCGAGUGGACCGGGACUUUCGCGUUGAACACUCUGACUUAUAGAGAGUAUGCGAACAGAGGAGCAGGGGCUGGAACUGCAAAUAGAGUGAAGUGGAAGGGCUUUAAGGUAAUAACGGCUGCUGCUGAAGCUCAGCCAUAUACGGCUGGUCAGUUCAUUGGUGGUGGAGGAUGGUUAGCUUCGACCGGUUUCCCUUUCUCGCUCGGUCUU